GGAACUUCAUGGAUGUAGCAUUGAUUUGUGCAAUUUUAAAAACAACGGGCUCCUUUUGAAAGAUCUCUUUUUUAGUUGGAGCCCCCUUUUAUUACUAGCGUAAAUCUGUCCUCGAGCUGGGGUAAUACUAUGUACUUAGUGUAAGUACCUAAGGUAAGGUACCUCCAGCAAGCACCCGACCUGCCGACUUAAAGUUAAAGCAGGGGAGAGAAAAGAGAAAGCACGUCCUUCGUCCACGUUGGUUUCUUUAUCGAUUAUUAUAUGCACUACUUAGUACACAUCACCGUGCUCCCAUCAUUAUCAGCAUCAUCAUUUCUUCUAUUCACAUCCCACUGAGGGCUCCCACAUUCCGGUGAUUUUAAUUCUCAUUCGUCACCGAUAUCCCGUAAUUGUUACCUAUCUAUAUGUGAGCAAUUACUUAUGACGUUUUCCUGAAUCUAUUCCUGUUGAUAAGCUAUAAAGCUACAUAAUUCACGGUUCAGUGGCGGUGCCCCAACUUGUUCUCGAGCGCCUCAAAGGGUUCCAUAUACGGGGAAGUAGAGCUACAUGUACAUAAUCUGUAUCGUUACAGUCUUAUGUCAAUCAGGUAGUCUCAGCCUACGAAUCAUCCUUCCCAAUUCCUAAGCUUUAAGCUCGGCGCCUUAAUUUUUGAGCAACGCCCAUUCCGAGCAUCCACUUGGGCACACAAUUCUCUCCAAGCUUACCCACCAAAGCUAAAGCCGAAAUGUCAUCUCCUUCAAGCUCCUCACAUGCCGGCAAGCGUAAACGCCCGGUAACCUCGAGCUCUGUUAAGAUGGAUGAAAAUCCUCUCUUGCAGCCUUCCUCGAGGGACGCAUCUGGCGAAGAAGGAGAUACUACAGCGCCCGAGUCCGGAAAACUAUUACACCGCAAGUCGGAAUCUGCUUCCAACUCGAACCCAGCGAAACGACAACGUGCUAAUUCCGAUCGUACAUCUGCCCUCGAGACAGCUGGUCAUACCGUAGAUCCCGGUGAGCCAAGCGACACCACCGAAGCGAGCAUUGAUAUUGCCGAUCGAGUUACUAGGAAGGGCAGGAAGCCUACUACUCUUAGGGAUACCACGAUACAAGAUGACGAGGAGAGAAAGAAGCAAGCUGCUAUGCUGCCACCGCCAACCGGGCGUCUUGUACAUCCUGUUGGAUACAAAACGAACCCCCCGCCCGCUGGACGCACCAUUAGGGUUUAUGCGGAUGGUGUCUUUGAUUUAUUCCAUCUCGGUCAUAUGCGCCAGCUUGAACAGGCGAAGAAGGCGUUCGACGACGUCUACUUGAUAGUUGGCGUUACAGGCGACGAGGAGACACACAAACGCAAGGGUCUAACAGUUCUUUCUGGCAAAGAGCGUGCCGAAACACUGAGGCACUGCAAGUGGGUUGACGAAGUUGUUGAGAAUUGCCCCUGGAUUGUAACGCCGGAAUUCCUGGAAAAACACCGGAUCGAUUACGUUGCUCACGAUGAUAUUCCAUACGGUGCUGCCGAAGGCGAUGAUAUUUACGCUCCUAUUAAGAAAGCUGGAAAAUUCUUGGUAACACAGCGAACCGAGGGUGUGAGUACAACGGGCAUUAUUACAAAGAUUGUCCGCGACUACGAAAAGUACAUUGCUCGCCAAUUGAAGCGAGGGACAUCACGCCAGGAGCUUAAUGUAAGCUGGCUCAAGAAGAACGAGCUCGAUCUCAAACGUCAUGUCCAGGAUCUGCGUGAUAACAUCAGAGCAAACUGGACUACGACAGGUCAGGAACUUAGUCGUGAGCUCCGUCAGUACUGGCCCGCAAGUCGGCCCCAAAGUCCAGCUCCGGGUGGUCGCUUUAAUUUUCCUACCACUCCAGGCCCUUCAAGUUCGAAUGGUGAAGGUAAUUUACGAGAAGCCGCUGCCAUGGCCGCUGCUGCUAAAUCGCCCACUACGCCAGGCCCAUCAGGCGAGAGGACACCAGCUCCUAAUGAUUUUAUUACUGGUUAUACACUUGGUUUAAUUGGUGGUGUGAGGUCUUGGAUGACCAAGAACCGCCGUAACCUCCGCGAUAGUCGGCCGCCAAGUGACGACGAUUCGGAGAGCGAAGAUAAGAACAAUGGCAACGACCACGGGCGGCCAGUCGCGUCCACCAGUUAGUUGCUUCGACCGUUGGCCCGCCUUAGCGUCAGCACGAGGCCGUACGAUGGGGAUAGCCAGUUUGGCUCGGAAGACGAAGGGGACGACGACGAAAGCAACUAGAUAAUUUUUUUGACGAUCAGGGGAUCGGGGAAUACACAAAAAGUGCAAUAAUUACGAAGGAAACGGCAUUUUAACGGGUUUUUUGUAUGCAUUUUGACACCGUAAAUAAGAUUGAGGCCGAGGAGUCGAAGGCUAAAGAGGGAGAGUGGGAGAGUAGAUAAACGACCUUGCUGCUUACGUAUGCCAACCGCGCUUGAUAGAGAUAAUUCCCAGCAUGAAUGUUGAUGAUCAA